AUGGCCAUACUUUGGUUUGUAGCAUUUCUCUGCUUCCUUUUCCUUUGGCAAUGGGGAUGGAACAAACAGUCACCCUUCAAAAACUGGCCCGUUUUCGGAAUGCUUCCCAGGCUUCUUCAAAAUGUAUCGAAUAUCCACGACCAUGCAACCCGAUUUCUAAAAGAUAAUGGGGGGACUUUCGAGUUUAAGGGCCCUUGGUUCACUAACAUGAACUUUGUGCUCACCUGUGAUCCCACCAACAUCCAUCACAUUUUGUGCAGAAACUUUUCCAACUACGAAAAGGGGCCCAAGUUCAGGGAGAUUUUUGAACCCGUCGGAGAUGGGAUCUUUACUUCUGACUCUGAGUCGUGGAGAUAUCAGAGGAAGUUGAUUCAGUCAAUGAUAAAGAACAAAAAGUUCGACUUGUUCUUGGAGAAAGUCUCUCGGGGAAAGGUGGAAACCGGCCUCAUUCCGAUUCUUGAUCACAUCUCAAGUAGGGGAAUUGAGGUGGAUUUACAAGAUGUUUUUCAGCGCUACACCUUCGAUAAUGUUUGCUUCCUGGUUUUGGGUUUCGAUCCAAAUUGCCUUUCCAUUGACUUUCCUCAAGUUGCACAUGCAAAAGCGUUCGAUCAAAUGGAAAAGAGCGUCUUUUACCGACACAUUGUGCCAGAAAGUUACUGGAAGUUGCAGCGAUGGCUUCAAAUAGGAGAAGAAAAGAAGCUGAGCAAUGCUUGCAAAAUAUUUGAUCAAUUUGUGUACCAAUGCAUCUCAUCCAAGCGUGAACAACUCAGCCGAAGCAAAACCCUGAAACUGGAGGAAGCGAAAUUCGACUUGCUCACAGCUUGUAUAGAACAAGAUGAAGGAGGAGAAAUGGAUGGUUUUACAAAAUCCAACAAGUUUCUGAGGGACAUGGUCUUUUCUCUCAUAGUUGCGGGCAGGAACACCAUAAGCUCAGGCCUUACCUGGUUUCUAUGGCAUGUUGCAACACACCCAUCAGUGGAAGCCAAGAUUAUAAAAGAGAUGAGAGAGCAUUUGGUGGUCAACAACGAGAUCAAUUGGGGUAUAGAUGAGGUAAGCAAGCUAGUUUAUCUCCACGGAGCCAUAUGUGAGUCCUUACGGCUUUUCCCACCUAUACCUUUCGAGCAUUUGAGCGCAAUUGGCUCUGACAUUCUCCCAAGCGGCCAGCGUAUUAUUCCAAGUAGGAGAAUCUUAUGCUCUCUGUACUCAAUGGGAAGGAUGGAAAGCCUAUGGGGUGAAGAUUGCUUAGAGUUCAAGCCAGAGCGAUGGAUAUCGGAGCAAGGAAGGAUUGUGCAGGUACCAUCUUACAAGUUCAUAGCAUUUAAUGCAGGCCCCAGGACUUGUUUAGGUAAGGACAUGAGUUUCACUCAAAUGAAAAUAGUUGCAAGCAGCAUCAUCUGGAAUUAUCGUGUUCAAGUAGUUGAAGUUCAUCCUGCUUUACCGAGCAUCUCUGUCGUGCUUCAUAUGAAACAUGGCUUGAAGGUAAAGAUCACCAAAAGAGAUGUUUGA